AUGCUUCAAAACAGACGUUACAUAGACGCUGAGGUGAUACAAAACGUUUUAUUAAAAUUGAAAUGGGGCCUCGAUACGCGAUUCCAGAAUAUUGAACAGAGCAAGUCUCUAGCCUUGUGCACGCUGUUGGACCCUCGCUUUAAGUUAGAGAUGUUUAAAUCUGAUACCAACAAAAAUGCCAUUAAAGAACAUUGCCACGAGCUGAUGGCAGGUAUUUUGUCAAGACAGGUCCCAAUCCUAAAUACAGUACAAGUAGCGCCUAAUGCAACUGUUUCUGGAUCGAGUGUGUGGAAUAAAGUAGACAGUCAGUUAAACAAAAUUAGAGUGCCAGGGACGCCAUUAUCCAAAGCGAUCAGGGAGAUGCGCUUGUACUUGGAUGACGAAAUUUUGCCCCGGCAAGGCGUGGACGGGAAGUGGAACGAUCCCAGUGAAUGGUGGCUUCGUCAUUCCAAAAUAUACCCGACGUUGGCAGAAAUAUACCGUUCCAGGUGCAAUAUUGUGAUAACUUCUGUGCCAUGCGAACGGAUAUUCUCCAAAGCCGGGUAUAUUUUGAAUGAACGAAGAACUCGGCUUUCAAGUUCCAAAUUAGAAAAAUUGGUUUUUCUCAAUGUGAACUCCAAUUUUGUUAAAAAUAAAGACUAA